GUUAUCUGCUCGCUUGGAGGGAGAAGAGGAAGAACAACCAAUAAGAAAAAAAAAAUACUGCUCCCGAAGGCAACGUCGACUGUACUGGAAAGACAACGCGACCACUUUUGUACCUUUUUCGUCUUUGUCCUACCAUGCGUCAGGCCUGAAGAGGUUUUCCAACCGUACGAUAUCCACUCCGGGAUCACCACGAUGUCCCUGCUGCCGCCCCUGCUGCUAUCUGCCAUGCUUGCCGUCCAAGCUGUCGCUACAAUGGAGGUGUACGUCCCCGACCAACCUGUGGUGGCGCUACACGGCAGGGAUGUCACGCUGAACUGCUCUUUCAGUCCCAUUGGUCCUUUCAACGCAUCUGAUGUGACAGUUUUCUGGCAGCUGACUGACACCAAGCGUAUUGUGUACGGAUACAGCGAAGGACAUGAUCAGCUGGCAGACCAGGCCAAAAGCUUUGUCAACCGCACCGGCCUGUUCCCCCAUGAGCUGGGCCGGGGCAACGCGUCGCUGCUGCUGCAGAAGGUGGUCGUGGCUGACGAAGGCAGCUUCACUUGCUUUGUCAGAGUGCAGGAAUACGGCAGCGCUGCUGUAUUGCUGCAGGUAGCAGCUCCUUAUUCCAAGCCCAUAGUCACCUUGGAGUCAGAAUCCAACCUUCGGCCAGGCGACGAGGUGGCCCUUACUUGCACGGCUUACGGAGGCUAUCCAGAAGCGGACGUCAUGUGGCAGGACGGGGGCGGCCGCAACUUGACUGAGAAUAUCACCACUUCAGUGGUGGCAAACGAGGAGGGUCUUUUCUCCCUGACCAGCGUGCUGACGGUGGUUCUGGAACCCAACAGCACUUACAGCUGCCGACUCAUCAACCCGUUGCUGGGGGAGGAGGGGAAUGCCUUUGUCACCAUCACAGCUCCGAACAUCUCGUUCCCUCCUGUGGCACUGUGGGUGACCAUCGGCCUUGCCGUGUGCCUGCUGGUCCUGCUCGUGGCGCUGGCCGCUGUCUGCCGUAGGAAGAUCAAGGAGAGCUGCGAAGAGGCCAGGAGAGAAGCUGAAGAGGCCAAGGAAUUAGAAGAAGAAGAGUCAAAGACAGCCAUGACUCUCCUGAAGAGCUAAGGCCAAAGACAGCAAGGGAGGAGUCGCCGGGCACCAGAUUUGAGAAAAGUCUAGUGGGUAAUCCCACUACAGCCCACAGAUUCCAUCAACCUCUGUUGACUUGCCAGCGUCCUUGUUGUCGCGUGAGGGGAAGAUGACUCCAUCUCCAUCAUCAUCAUCAUCAUCUUCUUCACGUGUGACGCUCCCUUGAAUGUCCAUCAACACGUGCCAUUACAUACUUGUGCCACUCCCAUCUUUUUUUUAUAUAUAUAUACAUAUAUAUAUACACACACACAUCAAUGAAAGAUUACCACCAGCCAGUGUGAAUGGAUUGCAGUUGGUCCUUGCAAUGCAAAAGACUGAAGAACUCGUCUUUUUUUUUUUAAAAAGAUGUCAGAUUGCCUUCCCUGUCAGAGAAGAGCCGAUCACCGUCAAUAGUCCCAUGCUCGUUAAUUAGCAUCUGUUGCCCAGGUAACUGCUAUCUGUCAGUGUCUGCCUACCCCCCCCCCCCUCCCCCUAUCUCCUGGAACUAGAGGCCAUUGUAAUUGAAUGGCGGCUAAGCUCCAGCAAACUGCAAAUGGUGCAUGGGACACACCCCGACAGCCUUUUAUAAUGCGUUGUUUUCAAUGAACAGGCUGUGGAAUGCUUGAUUUUCUGCGCGAGCCCUAUGGACCCUCGCAUCGCAGGUGCAAGAGGUUACGAGUCUCCGUGCCGAUGGUUCGAGUACGAAUGCCAAAAUCGUACCCAUUUACAAUAAAGACACAGUGACAAAAAAAGCGUGCAUUUGUCGUUCUGUAUCCAAACUCAUUAACUCCCCUCACUGAGCUGAACGGUGGGUUACUAACUUGGAGAAUUGUACAAUUUGGGACUUUCAACUCUGGCAAAACGUGCAAGAGAAAAUGUUGCAAGUAUAAUUGUCAUUUCAUGUCCAUGCUGAUCUCUGCUGACUUGACAAAUUCACAUGCUUCUUUCUGUGUUUGGUGUAAUCCUGCUGUUUGCACAGCCUCAAUCAUCCUAAACACGUUAUGAAUAAUGGAUAUUCUCUGACUUGUUUGUUGUCGUAGGCGAAAUAGCUGCCU